AAGCACAACAACAUUAACGAAAGCACAACAACAUUAACGAAAGCACAAUUACAAAUUAGGAAAGCACAACAACAUUAACAAACCGGAAAAGGUAGGUCCCAGUGGGAAAACCUGGGAAAUCGCUGAUUGGACGACGCCACUUUUGGCUUUUGAACCGGAAGUUAUGGCUUUAGCGCGGUUGUUGAUAAAAUGAAUAUUACUGGUAAUCCAGACGUAGCUACCGCUAUCCACGAAUAUUUUGAGUCAGGACAUACAUACGAGGUGAUACUGGACAUGCUCAGGACUAACCACGAUGUUUCAUUUAGUAUGCGUACACUGAAGACGCAUUUAAAAGAAGCUGGACUGUACAGACGACGGAACUACUCUCCACUUCCUGAAGUGAGACAUGCCAUUAUGACAGAGCUGAGAGGACCAGGGCAGUUGUUUGGCUAUCGGACUAUGUGGCAAGUUCUCAAACAAAAACACAAGCUACGUGUCAAACGUGAUGGAGUUAUGAGACUGUUGAGACAGCUGAAUCCUCAAGGAAUCGCCAUGAGGACUCGCAGGAGGUUUACAAGACGCACGUAUCACUCCAUGGGGCCCAAUUACAUAUGGCAUGUAGAUGGUUACGACAAACUGAAGCCAUUCGGCUUGGCGCUCUCAGGAUGUAUAGAUGGUUUUUCAAGAAGAAUGAUGUGGCUUGUUUGUGGAGCAACCAACAACAAUCCUUCUGUCAUUGCUCUCAAUUAUAUAAACUGUGUCAAGAGUCUUGGAGUGAUACCAAUGAGACUACGAACAGACCUCGGGACUGAGAAUGGGACUUUGGCAGCAAUACAGUGUACCCUCCGUCAUGCGCACACAGACUAUUAUGCUGGAUCAUCAAGCCACAGUUACGGAUCAUCAACAGGGAAUCAACGCAUCGAGUCAUGGUGGUCUUUUCUCAGAACAGGAAGGUCUCAGUUUUGGAUGGACUUGUUUGGAGAUCUAAGAGACUUCGGAACCUUCAAUGGAAGCCAUGAACAUCAAUGCUUGCUGAGAUUCUGCUUCAGCAGUGUUCUGCAGAAAGACCUGGAUGAAUGCAAAGACCUCUGGAACAAACACAGGAUCCGGCCAAGCAGACUUGCAUCAUGUCCUGGGGGAAUUCCAGAUGAACUCUAUCUCUUGCCUCACAGAUAUGGUUCAAGAGACUGUGGAUUUGCUGUUGAGGAGAGGGAACUGGAUGUGUUCCCUGAAGCAAGGCAAGCGACUGAAUUGUGUGGUGAUCAAAACAUUGAGGAAUACCUACAACAGGCUGUACAACAAAAUGGACUACAGCAGCCACAAGACUGGGAAUCAGCCACAGAACUGUAUUUAUUGCUGAAAGAUAUAGCCAGGUUUUGGACAAACUACCUGAACCCAAAUUUUUGAUCUUUUGUUUCCUGUUCCUUCUGCUAAAAUGAAAAGUAAUACAUUAUUCAAAACAUACAAAGCGACAGGUGGAUUAAAACAUUUAAAAUGAACUGUGUAUUCAGUCUUAACCCUGAAGACAGACUUGACACAUUCUGAAUAAAACUCUGUAACAACGUG